CCAGCGUGUGCAGAGCUGGCAGCAGCAAGAGAGGAGACCUGGAACGAGAAGGCAGAGGACUUCUGUGCCGGACAGCAUGGCUGAAGAUCUGGAACUGCAGACCUGGGACCUGGAAUGUGAGCGCAACCAUCGGGACCACCGGACCUCCGAAAUGGGCUGCCAGCAGCUGGUCGUGCGCCGGGGGCAGCCCUUCUUCAUCACGCUGCACUUUGCAGGGAGGAGCUACGAGGAAGGGCUGGACAAACUCGCCUUCAAUGUAGAGACGGGGCCCUGCCCCAGUGAGGUGUCUGGGACCAAGAACCACUUUCCUCUUUCCGGCUCCUUGGAAGCAGCAGCCUGGAGCUCUGCAGUGGAGAGGCAGGAUGGAGCCUCCCUGUCCGUGUCCAUCUGCUCCCCUCCGGACGCCCGGAUCGGCCGCUACAGCCUCACCAUGGAGGCCUCCACGGGCUACCAAGGCUCCAGUUUCAGUCUUGGGGGGUUCGUCUUGCUCUUCAAUCCUUGGUGUCCAGUGGAUUCUGUCUUUCUCGAAAGUGAAGAGGAGCGUAAUGAAUAUGUGCUGACUCAGCACGGACACAUCUUCCAGGGGUCGAGCAGCUUCAUCUAUUCCAUCCCCUGGAAUUUUGGGCAGUUUGAAGAUGAAAUCCUGGACAUCUGCCUCCAGCUGCUGGACACCAACCCCAAAUUCUUCAAGAACCAAGACCGGGACUGCACCCGCCGCAACAGCCCCGUCUACAUCAGCCGGGUGGUCAGCGCCAUGGUGAAUUGUAAUGACGACCAAGGGAUCAUAUUUGGCCGCUGGCAGCAGCCCUACGAUGACGGCAUCAGCCCCAUGGUCUGGAGUGGGAGCGUGGACAUCCUGCAGCGGUGGCGGAAGUUCGGUUGCCAGCCGGUCCGAUACGGGCAGUGCUGGGUCUUUGCGGCUGUGGCCUGCACAGUGCUCCGAUGCCUGGGAAUCCCCACCCGUGUGAUCACCAACUACAACUCUGCCCAUGAUACCAACAGCAACUUGAAGAUCGAGCAGUACCUGGACGAGAAUGGGGUGGUGCAGAAAGGGUCCCGGGAAUACAUUUGGAAUUUCCAUUGUUGGGUUGAAAGCUGGAUGACUCGCCCGGACCUUCCAGAAGGCUACGAUGGCUGGCAGGUUUUGGACCCAACUCCUCAAGAGAAAAGUGAAGGUGUUUACUGCUGUGGUCCAACUCCGGUCAAGGCCAUCAAGGAAGGAGAACUGAAAAUGAAGUAUGACAUUCCCUUCGUCUUUGCUGAGGUCAAUGCAGAUGUGGUUUAUUGGAUGCUCCAGAGUGACAGUUCCCGAAAGAAGACCGUCAACUCCACUCUAGUGGGAAAGCACAUCAGCACCAAGAGUGUGGGCAGAGAUUCAAGGGAGGACAUCACCCACAACUACAAGUACCUGGAAGGUUCAGAGGAAGAGAGGGCUGUUCUGGAAAAGGUGAAACUCAAGAAGACCUACCCAAAAGAGGAGGAGGGCUUGAACGUCAAAAUCAAAGUCUCCGAGGGAAUGAACAAUGGGUGCGACUUCGACAUCUUUGCCGUCAUCAGCAACAACUCGGGCAGUGAGCGGACGUGCCGGCUGAUGUUUGGAGCCCGCACAGCUGGAUACAAUGGGGCGUUGGGGCCUGAGUGUGGGAGAAAAGACCUGCUGAACGUCGCCUUGCAGCCGUACGCAGAGAAGUCCGUCCCCUUGCGCAUCCUUUACGAGAAGUACGGUGGGUGCUUAACCCAGGACAACAUGAUCAAGGUGAUGGCCGUCCUUCAGGACUAUGAGACCAAAGAGAUCGUGCUCGGCGUCCGAAACAUCUAUGUCAAAAACCCAGAUAUCAGAAUCAGGAUCUUGGGGGAACCAGCUCAGAAUCGCAAACUGGUGGCCGAGCUCACUCUGGUUAACCCCCUUCCCAGUCCCCUGAGCGGCUGCGUCUUCACCAUGGAAGGGGCCGGCCUCACGAGAGGGCAGAAGGUCCAGGAACUUGACAGCCCCAUCGGGCCAGGAGAAGAGGCCAAAGUGAGGGUGGACUUUGUGCCUCAGCAGUCAGGCCUGAGAAAGCUGGUGGUGGACUUCGAGAGCGACAAGCUGACUGGUGUGAAGGGCUACCGGAACGUCAUCAUCGCCCCCGUGUCCAAGUGAAGCCCGCCUCGAAGGGGAGGAGGCAGCUUAUCUAGCAAUACU